UAGUCCAAUAUUACACCAGCGAAUACAUGGACUAACACACACGACAACCUAACAAGGGUUCGGUUUCGGUUCGGUUCACACUGGCUGGGCGACUAUAUGACAUCCAGCCAUGCAGUACAUACCCCCUACCCCUGUGAAGCAACKAAAGGGCAUUUCCUGACACAUAGGGCGGAUCAUCACAUUAUUUCCAAACAGUGUUGUCCCCUUCAAGGAUUGUUGUCAAGGAUUUCUUUAAAAUAAAACAGCUAUAUGAUGUUGUAUUGCCGUGGUAACGGAGUACCAGAUACCAACUGGUCGUGGGUGGUUUGUUUUGCCACAGCCUUUAACAAUUUGCUACAGUUUGGGUUUUCGCAAAGUUUUGGUGUUUUAUUGCCAGUUCUUUCGGAACAUUUCCAGGAAGGAAGAGAGACAACAGCAUGGGCAGGUUCCAUUACUCUUGGCUUCACAAUGCUUGUAGGACCAUUUGCCGUCAAGUUGACUGAACGGUUUGGACAGCGUGCAGUUGCCAUGGGAGCCGGACUUGGCUGUGCAUUGUCUCUGCUCACCAGCUCAUUUGCCAACCAUUUAAUAAUUCUCUAUUUUUCAUAUGGGUUGCUUUUUGGGCUUUGUGGUGGAGCAAUUUUAAAUACUGGUUACACUGUCACAACCAAAUAUUUCAUAAAAAACAGGGCGUUAGCUACUGGAAUUACUAAUUCAGGUAUAAGUCUUGGAGUCAUGACACUUGGGCCAGUGAUGGAGCAAUUAUUAGAAACACUAGCUUGGAGAAAUACCCUAAGAGUGAUGGCUGGUGUAAUGCUGUUGAUUUGCAUUCUGGCAUCUACAUAUAACCCAGUACGAAUGGAGAAUGGGGAAGGACAACRACAGAAGAAAGGCUGUCUAUCUUUUAUUGAUUGUUCUGUGUAUAGAAAUGUUUCCUACACCAUUGGAGUUAUCACCAUUACCUUGUCAUUUUUUGGUCUCUAUGUUCCUUUGAUUCAUUUGGUGCGAUUUGCCAAAGACCUUAGUAUCUCCAGUAAAGAUGCUUCCUUUCUGUUCAUAUMCAUUGGUAGUGUCUCCACUGUUUCUCGUAUUGUGAUUGGUCAAAUUAUUGACAAGAAGUGGUUGACAGCCCUGCAAGCUGUCCAGCUGUCUUCAUUCAUCAUGGGAAUUUCUAUCAUUCUCCUUGCGCUUGCCAAGGAAUACAGCCAUUUUGUGAUAUUUGCAGUUGUUUUUGGAGUAACAAAUGGAGGUUUUAUCACAGCACAGAGUGUAUUUUUGCAGAAUACUCUUAAACCAGAAAAAAGUGCCAUGGGUCUUGGAAUGGGUUAUAUGGUCUAUUCUGUUGCUGUUUGUGGGGGAUCUCCACUUGCUGGUUUUAUUGCUGAUGAAUUUGGAUCAURUAUUAUCUCUUUCUAUAUCAUUGGUGGAAUUGUGGUCUUCUCUUCUGCCCUGCCUUUCAUUCUUCUGUGCUGCUCUUUCACAAACAAGAAAGAGCACCCRUUUGAAAGAGAAGAAAUUCUCCCAGAAGAAAAGAAUGGAGAUGGGAAUCACACACUUCUCGUCUCUACAGAAUAAUGUACAGAAGUGAGUGUUCACUUUAUUUAUUUUCACGAUUUCAUCAUCAUGCUUCUUGGGAGAUAUUGUAAAAUAAUAAAUAAAUAAAUAAAUAAAUCUUUUUAUUUAA